AUGCCUCUGAAAGGAAAGCCUGCUAAGCCCGCUGCCAGAAUGGAUCCAGUUGUUGCUGCUGUUCCCGCGGUACCCACGACUCCAGCUCCUGUGGUUACUCGUCCGGUUUCUUUAACUGCUGUCCCUCCGAAAUCUACGCGUGCGCUCUUCGCUGAGGAAGAAGCGUCCGCGCUUACGCUCUCCGCCAAGCUUGCCGCGAUCCGGAUCGAGCAAGCUGCAGGAGGGGAGAAGGAAGCCGACAAUGGCAAGAAGAAGGAUGCGGUUUUUAAGGAUGCGGUAUCGAACGAUCCAGGAGGCGACCCUGCUGACGAGGACGAAGGGGAAGCCUCAGGCUCUGGUCCGAGCUACGCCUUCCUGAACGACGAUGACGAUGGCCUGAUCGCGCAUGAUCCCAACGAGGGUUUCGAGGACAAGGCGAAAGGGGAGCUUGCUGCAAAGCUGCUGAAGGCGGAUGUCAGAUGGGAUACCUUCACCUUCACACUGUUGGCGGCUUAUUUCCCGUCGAGUGCCUGCUGCCAUCAAACCUUCUUCACGGAUGUGCUAAAGCCCUUCUUGGAUGAUAACUUAGGGAAUAGGGGCCGGUACCUGCUGGCUGGGGAUCUUAACUUGGUUGAAGAUCCGGUGCUUGAUAAGUCCUCAGGCGCAGGAUCAUCGGGGGAGAAUGACCGCCUGCUACGGAUGUUCAGUAGUCUUCAUAUGGUGGAUGCGUAUCGCGCGCUGAACCUGGGCGGCCAGGAGCGCACCUUCUACUCCCGGGUGCAAAGAGCCAGCUCGCGGAUUGAUCGGAUAUUGGUGUCGGCGGAGCUGCUGCCGUCGGUUGCUGAGGCGUCUCACCCCCGGCCACUAAAGGGAAUCUCAGACCACAAGUUCGGAGUCAAGGUGGUGCUGCAGGCGAGUCUGCGCCUUCACAUGGGGCCUGGUCUGUGGAGCAUGCCUACAGUUGACACAUCAAAACCGGGGGCAGAGAGGGUGAUUUAG